UAGAGCUCAUCUAUUUUCCUGUAGUCAUACACUUUCCAUUCAUUGCUCUCUCUCUCUCUCUCUCUCGAACUCUAUUUAUAAUGCAUUUUAUUUCUGGGGGCGUCGUGGUUUUUGUUUUACCUUUGCGUGUUUUACAGUUGAAGUGAAGAAUUAAGGUAGAAACUUGAACAACUGAGCUGCCGUGGAAUUAUAUUGUGUUUUUCUCAGGUCAUAAAAUUAAAGCAACGUCAAUCGCUUUCGAUCGAGUUUUCGUGAGCGAGGUUUUUAGACUAAAAACCCUCAUGCAGAAGAUCUAAGAAAAUCUUAAGCAAUUGUGUUGGGAAAGGAAAAUGGAGGGUUCAAAAUUUACCGGGAUUAUAGACCUGAACUACGCCCCGGACAAUUACAAUCUCUCUCAAAAUUUUUAUCACAAGCUCAAUGAGGGGUCAAACAUGUCAAUUGAUAGUUAUGGGAGCUUGCAGAUGAGCAAUGGUGGGGGCUCUGUUGACAUGUCAGUGGACAACAGCAGUGUUGGAUCAAAUAGUUCCGGCACGCGCAUCUUGCGUCAUCAGGGCCUCAAACGUGUCAAGAACUAUUCUGUUGCUGCAAGUGUCAAUCGUGGAAGAGUCUCUCAUGGGCUGAGUGAUGAUGCUCUAGCUCAAGCUUUGAUGGACUCUCGGUAUUCUACAGAGGGGCUUGGAAAUUAUGAAGAGUGGACGAUUGACUUGAGGAAGCUUAACAUUGGUCCCGCCUUCGCUCAGGGGGCUUUUGGGAAGCUCUACAAGGGUAUUUAUAAUGGUGAGGAUGUUGCAAUUAAGCUUCUGGAGAGACCAGAGAAUGAUGCAGAGAGAGCACACUUAAUGGAGCAGCAGUUUCAGCAGGAGGUUAUGAUGUUGGCGAAUUUGAAGCAUCCAAACAUUGUUCGCUUUAUUGGUGCAUGCCGCAAACCAAUGGUCUGGUGUAUUGUGACCGAAUAUGCAAAGGGGGGUUCAGUGCGUCAGUUCUUGACAAAUCGGCGGAACAGAUCUGUGCCUUUGAAAUUGGCUGUAAAGCAGGCCUUGGAUGUGGCUAGGGGGAUGGAAUAUGUGCAUGGGUUAAAUUUGAUUCACCGUGACUUGAAGUCUGACAAUCUUUUGAUUGCUGCUGACAAGUCGAUCAAGAUUGCCGAUUUUGGGGUUGCCCGUAUUGAGGUGCAAACUGAAGGGAUGACACCAGAAACUGGUACUUACCGCUGGAUGGCCCCGUGAGUCUCUUCAUUCUCCUUUCUUUCUUCUGCCUCAAUUUUUCUUUAUUUAUAUGACUCUCUGCAUGGAUUACUUUCAGGUUGCUUCAAUUUUAUUUUAUUUUAUUUUUAAUUUUUUUUAAGCAUUGAUAAAUUAUAAUGGUCCUUGUGAAUAUUUAUUUUCUAGUUCUGCCAAACAUGUCUCGUAUUGAAGUGAGCUGAAUAAAAACAUGCUCUUGUUUGAUUUUUAGUUGUUCUCUUGGACUUUGCUAUGAUGUUAAGGUUUCUUCCUUCCUCUUGCCUACCCCUAAGAAAAGGAAAAGGAAAUUGGAGUGGGAAUCUGUUUUUCCUUUUUAUUCGUUAGCUGAUUAAUUGGGGUAUGUCUCCGUUAUAUCAUGCACUAAUCUAUUUCAUGGCAGUUGUUCCUUAUGCUUCUACACUCAGGCUGCCAGACGUCAGCUUUAUUCAACAAGCUAUAAAAUUUUAUGAUGCAGUGGCUUCAGAAGACUGUAUUCCCCUCCAGAAAGAUGGGCAAAAGAUUUGUUAAUUUACUUUCCAAAACAGAUGAUCACAUUGUUACCUUUUUGAUCUUUGGUAUUGGUACUUAGAUGUAUUGAAACAAACUUCUGAUAACUCAUUGACAUCUUUGUCUUUUAAACAUGAAUGUUCUUUGCUGAUAGAGAUUCAUCAUUCAUAAUGUGCAUUCUAUGCUACUGAA